CCAAUACGUGUAUGUGUGUAUACAAAUACUAGAAAUAAAAAAAAAAAAAAAAAAAGAAAACAAAGUUGUAGCUGAACCAUCACGGAUUUACGGGGUUUCAAGAUUUUCAAACCACUUUCACCAACCAACCAACCAACAAAGAUAUCACACACACACAAAAACAUAAUCCUUGUGAUCAAUCAUUGUGUGUUUUGUUGGAAAUUCAGUUAAAGAAAUUAAAAGAAGAUAUAUAUAUAUAUAUAUAUAUAUUUAUGUAUAAUAAGUAGGAGUAAAAGGAUUAAUUGAUCGAUGGAAAUACCUGCAAUAAUUAUGCAUGAAAGUGAUUCAAGAUAUGAGCUAGUUAAAGAUAUUGGGCAAGGUAAUUUUGGAGUUGCAAGAUUGAUGAGAGAUAAACUUUCUAAUGAACUUGUUGCUGUUAAGUAUAUUGAAAGAGGUGAUAAGAUAGAUGAAAAUGUGCAAAGGGAAAUUAUCAAUCACAGAUCACUGAGGCACCCUAACAUUGUCAGAUUCAAAGAGGUCAUUUUAACACCAACACAUCUGGCUAUUGUAAUGGAAUAUGCAUCUGGAGGAGAACUAUUUGAGCGGAUAUGUAAUGCUGGCAGGUUUCCAGAAGAUGAGGCACGUUUCUUUUUCCAGCAACUUGUAUCAGGAGUGGGUUACUGUCAUAAUAUGCAAGUAUGCCAUCGGGACUUAAAACUGGAAAACACGCUUCUAGAUGGUAGCCAAGCUCCCAGGCUAAAGAUUUGUGAUUUUGGAUAUUCAAAGUCCUCCGUUUUGCAUUCACAACCCAAAUCGACAGUCGGGACACCUGCAUAUAUUGCUCCGGAGGUCUUACUUAAGAAAGAAUACGAUGGCAAGAUUGCAGAUGUGUGGUCAUGUGGUGUAACAUUAUAUGUCAUGCUAGUGGGAGCAUACCCAUUUGAAGACCCUCAGGAUCCUAAGAAUUUUCGUAACACAAUCCAGCGAAUUCUCAAUGUUCAAUACUCAAUUCCAUCCUACGUUCAUAUAUCCACUGAAUGCCGCCAUUUGAUCUCCAGAAUUUUUGUAGCUGAUCCUGCUCAGCGGAUAACCAUGGAUGAGAUUAGAAGUCAUGAAUGGUUUACAAGGAACCUCCCAGGAGACCUCAUAAAUGACAAUGCAAUGGAUCAAUUUGGGGGACCAGACCAACCGACUCAAAGUGUUGAUGAAAUCAUGCAAAUUAUAGCAGAAGCAACCAUCCCCCCGGCUGGGGCCCACAACCUGAACCAGUAUUUCACGGGCAGCCUGGACAUUGACGAUGACAUGGACGAGGAUCUAGAAAGUGAUCCAGACCUUGAUAUUGACAGUAGUGGAGAGAUUGUGUACGCAAUGUAAGUUUACAGUUACGUUCUGAUCAUCAUAUAUUCAUAUUUCAUGAAAGAUUUGGAGCUGAAUUCCGGGUUUUCUCUAGUUCUAUGAAUGUAAUGUUAUGAAAUAUGAGAUUGUUGUAUACUAUGUAUUGCCAAGUUUAUAGACAUACAUGUACUAAAAUAAAUAUAGUUUAUGGUUGUACAAGUGACAGUGUGGUUUGAUCCCCCCCAACUUUUAUUUUUCUUCCUUUUUU